AUGUCAAAUGUGCCUCCCACUUUCUUCAGCGUUGUGUCGGAGUACGUUGAGCACAUGCUCCCCGCUGACAAUACCAUGAAGGUCCUCCUCGUUGACGAGGCGACGCUCAACAUCAUCUCCAUGGCCUGCUCGCAGACGGCGCUGCUCAAGAGGGGAGUCUUCCUCGUCAACCGCGUCGACGACCAGCGUCAGCGCCGCUGCAUAAAGAACAUGCGAUGCGUUGUGUUCAUUCGUCCGCAGCUGUCGAGCGUCGAGGCGGUGUGCGCCGAGCUUCGCGCCGCCAAGUACGAGAGCUAUGCUAUCUACUUCAGCAGCGCAGUCGUGCCGGAUCUGCUUGACCGCCUCGCCCGCGCGGACGUUGAGAAUUUAGUGAACCGCGUUGGUGAAGUCUUCUGCGACUUCGACGCGCUCAAUGCGGACGCGUUCGUGUCGGCCGCCGUGGGGCCCAACGCGCUGCUGCCGGGGUACUUGAGCGCCGCGGUGGUGCAGCGUGUGGCGGAGGGAAUCGCCGCGACGUUUGUGGCGCUGCGCCGCAAGCCGCAUGUACGCUUCGACCAAAACAGUGCCUUCGCGCGUCGCGUGGCGCUUGAGCUGGGCGAUAUACUGAAGAAGAACGCGGAGCUGUAUAACUACAAGAACAGGGACAGCGUGCUGCUGAUUCUGGACCGCAGCAGUGACGCGCUAACACCGCUAGUGAUGCCGUGGAUCUACCAGGCAAUGCUGCACGAGCACAUUGGCCUGAGGUACAACCGCCUCAAGCUGCCAGAUGCCCCCGAAGAGGAGGAGUACGUCUUCUCGCAGCAGGACGAUGCAUUCUUUGCCGCGAACAUGUAUGCCAACUGGGGUGAACUCUGCAACAAUGUCAAGGCCUAUGUGGAUAAGUGCAAGACCACGCUGAACAUUGAUCGCUCCACGGCCACCAUGGAUGAAAUAAGAGAUUUCAUGCAGAGACUGCCGCAAACAAAGACUCUGACAGGGUCUGUGACGAAGCACGCCACAGUGGUAUCACACCUCUCCUCCAUCAUUAAAAAACGUGGGCUGCUGGACAUAUCCCUCCUUGAACAAGACAUGAUCGCCUCAUCCAAUCCAAACGACCACUGGAAUCGCCUGCAAGCCUUUGCCGCAAAACAAACUAGCAGUAGCCUCAGCAAUAGAAACAACAAGAAUAUCAAUAGUGCUGUCGUGGACACCAAUGACCUCUUCCGCCUGUGUCUCAUCUACCACUUGCGCUACGAGAAAGCCAAUCAGCCGUCUCGUGUGGUGCCGCUCUUGGAGAGGCUCGGUCCGUAUUACGUGGAGAGCCUGCGGAAGCUGCAGAAGUACUGCGGUGACAGGCCUACAGAUGAUUUGUUUCGCGAAACGGGUGUCAUGGCUUCUAUCGUAAAGACAUUCGUCGACGUUGGAAACAUCUACACUCAACACGAGCCUGUGUUGAAACGAACAUUGCUGCAACUUUUUAGUGGUCGACUCUCUGUUGAUCAAUACCCUUACUUGACGCCGGCAGCAGGUGUAGCCGCGAGCUCGUCCCAGCCGCACCAGCAGCCCGUCUUCAAGCCAAAGGAGGUUACGACGUUCAUGUGCGGCGGCUUCACGUAUGCAGAGGCUGCGUUGGUAAACGCCAUCAACGAGGGGACGGCGUACACGGGCUCGGCGGCCAGUAGUCUCCCGCAGGGCGGCGUGCGUGCGGCGAUUGGUGGCACUGCUGUCCUGAAUAGUGAGGCGUUCCUCAGCUUGCUAUCCACGCACCCAUGA